GUUUUGAAAAAAUUGCAGUUACUAAUGAGGUUGGAUUCGAACCCAGCUUCAUCAUCAGCAUCGACAUCAACGUCAACACCAAACGGGAAGCGAAGUAGAGAUCCUGAAGAUGAGGUCUACCUUGACAAUCUCAAUUCUCAUAAGCGAUACCUCAGUGAGAUAAUGGCAUCUAGUUUGAAUGGAUUAACAGUUGGAGACCCACUCCAGGACAAUCUUAUGGAAUCUCCUGCCAGGUCUGACACCAUGAUUUUUGCCAGGGAUGAAAUGUCCUUGCAAUAUUCACCAAUGUCAGAAGACUUUGAUGACUCUAGAUUUUGCGAGACACCUACAAAUGCUUGCUCACCUCAAUCUGAAAGUCUACCCAGCAGUCCAGUUUCUCCAUGUAGGUACCAAAGGCCACUUGGUGGGUUCUCGUCUGCUUCUUAUAGCAGCUCAUUCCUUUCACAUGGCUGCUCUGUCACCGGUGUCACUUAUUCACAGCCUCGUCAACGAGGUUCAGAUUCUGAGGGCCGGUUCCCAUCAUCACCUAGUGAUAUAUGCCACUCAGCUGACCUGAGGAGGGUUGCACUCCUGCGUUCUGUGCAGAUGAGAACACAACCACCUGGUUCAUCAUCUUUUGAGCUUCCAUUUGGUUCAGGACACGAGCCUGGAUCUAACAUAGAAGCUGAAGAGCAGCCAUGCUCGUAUAUGAAGUCCUUGGUUGAAGAGAGGGAGUAUCCACUCGAAGAGUGUUCUUCAAUGAGCAUCUCAGAACCUGGAUUUAAUGAAGAGAAGGCAUGCCGGGUUUUGAAUAUGAAUAUAAAAGGGGAUCGUUCUGGAGUUUAAGUACUAAUGGAAGUGUUGCAGAACCAACCAACUCUGACCAUAUCUUGUGCACCUGUACUGAAGUGCCUUAGAGUAAUUUAUCAGUGAGUGGCUGGCCACGACAGAUAUUUUUUAAUAACAUCAUCAUGGUUUGCAUUUGAGUUCAUACGAAGUACUAUGCUGAAUAGCACUAGAGGUUUCACAGCUGGC